AUGAAAAACCUCUCCAUCCUCACCUCCCUCCUCCUCGCCUCCGCCUCCCUCGUCUUCUCGUCCAGCAUCCCCCCAAAGUGCGGAACUUGCAACCCGCUCUCCGGCCAGAACAACUGCGACAUUACCACCUCCUGCAUCAACACAGGCACUCGCUUCCAUUGCGCCUGCCGCGCCGGCUACAAGGCCUCGAAGGACAACCAUGACGUCAGCAAGCAGUUCCGUCUGAAUGUCCCCAACUACCAGUUCCUGGUCUUCACCCCCGAGAGCACCGAGUGCAACACCCUCUGUGACAACCCCUACGGUGCAAGCCCGGACCUGUGCGCUGAGGUUCCUAUCCAAGACAAGUGUGCUAUCUGA